UGUAAAUAUUUCGAACGGCGCUUCGACAGCAACGCGUUGACAAAUAUUUUUGUAACUUUCUGCGUGUGUGUAUGUGUGCGUGUGUAUCUUAUUGUUAAUGCACGCGCAGAGCACCACAAAGCAACAAACAAAUAAUGUUUAAUGACAACAACAAUAACAACAAUUGCGAAAAUCAUGUUCGACAGCGACAGUGAAAAUACUCGUAAUUUGUUGAUUUAAGCGGCGGCCGCAGUCGACGUUGGCGUCGGCGUCGUCGUUGAUGUCGCCGUCGAAUGUUAAAGUGUGCGUGAGAGCGUGUAUGUGUGCAUGUGUGUGUGUGUGUGUGCGAAAUUGCAAAUACAACAACACAAAAUAAAAAAUUGAUAGGCUGAGCCAGUGAAAUACAAACGCAAAGCGAAACUGCAAAAAUACACACAACAAAGGUAACAGGAAGAGUCGUGAAAGUGACGCACAUAAACAAUGUAAGCUGCGUGUGUGCGUGUGUAUUGGUGCACAAAAUGCAUAAAAAAGAAACCCAAAUGUGAAGAUGCGCCUAAGAAGACCAUAAAAAAUGCGAAUGAAGAAGUAAGAAGCGACGAAGACUACGUGAAGAGGAGCUGCCGGUUUGUGUUAAAAAAAAAUAAAUAAAUAAAAAAUAAAAUAAUAAUCGAGCUACAAAGAAGUAUAAAAUAGAGAUUGCGAUAGCGGCUAACUGGCCCGAAACUGGAAGAGAAACACCAACGGGGAAAUUAACGCGAGAUUGCAAUGUUUUUGUUUUACAAUCGACGCAUUUUUGUGAUUAUAAUAAUUGAAAUACUGCUGCUGUUGCUGCUGACGACGACCGAUGACAAUGGACAACCGACGCUGCUGACCAAGUUGCCGACAACAGUUGCUGCCGCCAUACAACCGAAGAACUCAACAACAUUAACGCCGUAUCUACAGAUACAAAAGCACAACCACACAAGACUGACCAUAACCAAUCCACAUGCUACAUAUUUACUGGACUGCCACCCAAUUUUAAAUCCCUAUGAUUACUAUCAAAAUGAAGUUUCCAUUUUCUGCAACUGGUAUCGGAAUGAUGAGGCCAUUGAGCAUUUGGCAAUUCGCAAAAAUGAGUUCUUCAUCUUUAAGAAUGGAUCGCUGCGUUUGCCGCCCAAUGAACGUGCCAGCGGUGUUUAUCACUGCCUAAUCGAGGCGGAUGAAAUGAAAGUCUUAUCCCAAAGCAUCACAGUCGAAUAUCCUGUGUUGAAACGUUUAAUUGUUGGCCAGCAGCAGAGUGCCAACAUCAGUGUCCUGGAGCAACGAUUGCUCGUGCUUGAAUGUCCGUUUCUUAGUGUGCCCGCUGCACGCAUCACUUGGUACUUUGGCAACGAGACCCUGGCGAAUGACAACAGCGUUUUUAUCCUUACAAACGGCACGCUUGUAUUACCACAAUUGCGACUCGAACAGGCUGGCAAAUACAGAUGCGUGGCCCAGAACCCGUACACCACCCGGAGCCAUCGCCAGUUCGUGUGGCUGGUGCGCGUUGAAUCGAACCACAACAGUAGCAGCAGCAGCAGCAGCAGCGGCAGCAGCAGCGCACAGCUGGCAACGCAUCUGUUGCCUGCCUUCCAGAAUGCCACACUAUAUGUGCCCGCCGGAGACGCGUUUCGUCUGCAGUGCCAGACCUUUGCGGACUACGUGCCCAUCGAAUGGUGGCAGCAGCAUCCAAACAACUCCUUGUCGCAGCUGAGCAACAACAGCAUAACACUGGAAAUAUCGAAUGCUAGCUUCUCCGAGCAUGAGGGUUACUACAUGUGCACCAGUCCCACCGAUAGGCAAACGUUUCGUGUGAUUGUCACCAGUCCGCCACGGAUUGUGGACACGCUGCCCGUCGAAUUGGGCUACUUCAGUAUGUCGACAACGUUCAGCUGUCGGGCCGAGGGAAAUCCACGUCCCAAGAUCAGCUGGUAUCACAAUGGGGCAGCGGUCAACAGUUCCUACACACGCUACAUCAGCGGCAAUGAGCUGUACAUACACUCUUUCGAUCCGGAGGAGGAGGGCAUCUAUCAGUGCUUUGCGCGCAAUGUUGCCGGUGAGGAUUCGGUCACCGGCGAGAUGCGUUUCAAACGCCAGACACAGCAAACGAAUCCAUUGCAGAACAUACGCUGUUAUCCGCACAGUUUUCACACCAUCAACGUCACCUUUGACAGCCGUACCCUCGAGUCGAUGUUUGUGGUGCAUAUUGUGCGCAGCAAUCCGCAUCAGUGGAGCUCGUUUGCACCCAUGAAACUGAAUCACACCUCAUUUGUGGUCAUCUCGACGGGCUUACCCAUCUACCGCCCAUUUGCGCUCAUCACACGCUUCCUGCUGCCCACGUCGGAAGUGCGCUCGGGGAGCGUAGUACCCCAGCAGAUGAUGAUCAGCUCACUGCGGAGUCCAGCUGUCGUUUGUUGCACCCAGGGAUUGCUGCUCCGCCUGGUUCAUUUGGGCAAUGACACCUUUGUUAAGUGGUCGCAGGCAGAGCUAGACAACAAGAAGUACUUCAUACUGCAGUUCUCCAUCAAUCACACACAUCCACAUCCUGCCCGGCUGCUGAAUGGCCCACUGCAUGGCACUCUGACGCCCGUCGAGGAGAAGGCGGAUGAGGUGCGACGUCAGUUGACCAUUAUCAGGCCUCUCAAUCAGACCGAUGCUGCCACAGUAUUGCGUAACGCAGAGCACGAGGUGCUGGACAACGAGGUGGACGAUGUCACUCUCGAAAUGGAGGAGGAUAUCUUCAGUUUGGUGGUAGAUGCAAAUGUCACCGGUCUAUUGCUGCAACACUUUAGUCGCAUCAAGAUGCGUGUGCUAAUUAUUACCAGCGAGAACGAGUUCCUCGCCCAGGACUUUCGCUACGUACAGUGGAAGAUUAUCGAGAAUGGUACAUCCGACCAGUCGAACAUGUCCUUUCGCUUGAUCACUGUUGAGUCGCGCAUGCUCGCCUUUCAGUUCCUGGACAGCCUAAAUGACACUUGUGUCUACGAAUGUCAUUUGCAUGUCCAAUUGCCAUUGCGCAAACAGGAGCCCAAGUGCAAGGAGCGCACCAUUGUCAACUCGGUGCUGCUUGUCAGCGGCCUCAUCGCCAAUGAGCGUUACAAUUUCCACUUCUACAAUUGCAAGCCGCAGAUCUUCUAUGGCGAAAUGGAUGUGCAGACGUUGCCAGAUCCACCCGGCACCAUUAGCAACUCGCGACUGGUUAAGCACAAUGGCCUCAAAUUGGUCUGGGAGCCACCAGUGCAUCCCAAUGGACGUGUCCAUCACUACAAUAUACUGUGGACCUUGGGCAAUGUUACGCACGAGGCAAAUGUACUCGAGUGUCGCAGUUGCUCCUAUAAGUUUCCCAACGUUUCGGAGACGGACAAGAUACAUGUGGCAGUGCGGGUUGUCGGUGAAACCGGCGUGGGAGCGCCCAUGUUCUUUGACCUUGUUAAUCAUCGCAUACUGGAAACGGUGUCCAAUAACUCCAAUCAUGAAGUUUACAGUGGCAUCGCCAUUGGCUCGCUUCUGUCCACAAUUUGUGUGUUCGGAUUUGCACUGUUCAUCGUAUUUCAGAGGCGACGGUUCAAGGCACGCGUCCAAGGGCCCACACACCUGACCACGCCGACGGACAUCAACUUUGGCAAUUUGAGCAGCGCCUCGGGUAUGCCAGGCGACAGUGCUGGCGGACUUAGUGGGAGCACGCUGCAGCAGGACUGCCAUGAGAUGCAGACGCUAAUACCCCGCUCCCGCUAUCACAUCGAACUGCUGCCCGAACACACACUGGAGUAUCAGACCAGCACCGCGGCAGCCGCCACACUGCCGAAUGGCAAUGGUAAUGGCAAUGGCGGCGGGCCGAUCACUCGUCGUCCUGCUGAUCAGGAGGUACAGCUGGAACUGAGCAUUGCUGGUGUGCACAAUCUGUCACAGUUGCCACUGUGCGGCGGUGGUUCGCCGGAGCGCAAAACCGUGCAGGACGCGAUACUGCACGAGGCGAAGGCCUUCUAUAUUCCCUAUCGCCAUACGCCGCCCAAUGCAGUUGCUUUGCAGACUGGCGCCGGUGGCAGCGCAAGCAAUUCAAAUGCCAACCAUAGCAAGCAAAGUUCCUUAAAGAGCGGCGAUGGCGGAUUGGAGGUAGCUGUGCCGCCCAACUCCCUUCCUCUGGUCACAACGGUGCCAGGGCUGGGCAACGUUAGCUGCCGUCGCAGCGGCAGUCUGAGCAGCAGCAGCGCCAGCAGCAACAGCAAUGGCAGCAAGAAACAAUUCCAUACCAAUUUUACGCGACACUCGAAUUCCAACGAUGGCAUCUGCCUGCUGGCCGAGGAGGAGUCGGCUGCGACGCUUACACCGACGUCGGAGCACGAAUAUGCGUGUGUUAGUCUCACCAAUGGUUUCAAAUUGCCCGCCGAUAUGACAAGGCAGAUGCCAAGUAAAAGCCAAUACAGCAACAACAAUAACAGCAGCAGCAGCAGCAGCGGCGGCGGCGGCAACAGCGGUAAUCAGAAGCCAACCGUUGUCCACCUCAAAGAUCGGCAACUGCCGCUGCUUCAAAAGCAGCCGUCACAACAACAACAGCAACAACAACAGCAACAACAACAGCAACAACAACAGCAGCACCAGCAGCAGCAUUUAAAUGCAUCCAUAGUUCCUGCCAACGUGCCACAGACUCGGCACUCUGUGGGCGUUAAUAACAAAAAAACCACGGCGACGACAAUAGCCAAACAGGCGUGGCCAGCGUCAACGGCUCUGCAUCGUCGUGCUCAAGUUGAUCCAAAUGGAUGAGUUUGAAUUUGGAAUCAUUGUCGUCGUCGCCUCGCCAAGUAAAAGUAUUCUAUGAAGCUACUACUACACACAUAAAUACACACACACACACACACACAUUCACAUACACAAACAAACAUGUAAACAUUCGCAGCUCGACACAUUCCAAACAUUGUGGAUCCCUAUAUAUAUAUAUGCGAUAAAUCGGUAUAAGGAUACAUAAGUAGUUAUGCUUAAUUAGAUGAGGAUACAUUUUAUAAAUGUUUUUGACUUCAAGAGCCGAAGUUUAACUAUUGAGUAUAUGAGUACAUAAGCAGCAUGUAUAUAUAUAUAUAUAUAUAUAUA